AAGAUUCAAGAGGAGAGGAAAGGGGAUGAAGAAACAAGACAGGAUGAGAGGAGACGAGGGAGGAGCAAGAGGCGAGGAGACAAGAGGAGACGAGGAAAGAAAAGAAGGACAGAAGGAGGUUCCUAACCAGCCACAUUUUGACAAAGCUUUGUUAAAACUCACUGUUUCACAUGUUUAUAAGAAGAGUUCAUGAAAAGAAGCUGAUUCUGAAAGUUAAACCACUUUUAUUCAGGAAGUAAAUCAUUGAAUCUAAAAACUGGUGUCUUCACAUUUAUAAUAAUCUGAUAAAAAUGUGUAUAAAUGCAGAGUUAUGUAUAUAUAUAUAUGCAGACUAGUUUAGUUUUAUUUAUUGUGGAGGAAACAGAGGAGAGUGAGAUGUGAAAAAGGAAAAGACGAUGCCACACUGUGGUCUCUGCGGAUUCGGAAGUGAAACUGGACUCUGAUGACUGGGCAUCAAACGUGUGACACCAGACUCUGCUGUGGUGUCCAGUUCUGCGGUCGUUCCACUCCCUGGAUUCAGCUGUUUUUUACAGGCUGCUCGUCUCUGGAGCCUCUGUCUCUGUGCAGUGACACACAGUGGCCACUGGAGCGCAGUAAACACACAACUAUAUAUUAACAUUUCCUAUUAAACAUUUCAAUAUUCAAUUCUUUCGAAUAAAUUUGUCUGUGCUGCCCUCUUGUGGUCACACUCAUUACCAUGUUAAGCAUUAAGCAUUUAUUUUGAAAGUGAGCACAGGAAGUGAACACCUUUACUGCCCCCUGAUGGUCACAAUGAAGAUGUGUAGUGUAGUGACUGUGUGUGGCCACCGAGAGUCAAAACACACGUACACUUUGAGUAACUGCACAUGGAACCUGAAUAAAAUUAUAACAUUUAAAUGACUUGAAACAAACACUUCAUUUAAAUGAUGAAAAUAAAAACAGUUUUGUGUGUAUAUUCCCCCUUUGAUGUGUAACUGUACAUGAACAAGUUCGUAGUUUGUAGGAUUUACUGUAACUAAGCAACCAACUGCAGAGUAGAUAAUCUACUUCCUGUUUAGGACCCCCCCCCCUCCCAGGAGGCUCUAGGACACUUUGGCAGAUGGGGAAGACUGGGAUGGAACCGCUGACCUCCUGGUUAGAGGACGACCGCAUCACGUGCUUUCUGUUCUUCCUGAUGUGGUCACUGCAGGAGGAAGUCAAACCGAUUCACACUGACAGACACAAACAGCCAGAGGACCAGAGGACAGAGGACAGGAGUUGGACUGUUACCAACAAGAUGAACGUCAGCAACGGGACUGGCUGCGAUCAGGUCAACACCCCGGCCCAUGUUUUCUUCAUGCUCGUCUACAGUCUGCUGUUUCUGGUCGGUUUGCUCCUGAACGGUUUCACCCUGAAGGUUUACUUCUGCAGAGGCCAGCAGCGGACGACCAGCAGCGUGACCGUCUACCUGAAGAACCUGGCGGCCUCCGACUUCCUGAUCAGCCUCUGUCUCCCCAUACGAAUCAUCCACUUCACCAGCAGCUCCGUCCCCGUCCGCCAGGUCUACUGCAACUUUGGUUCUUCUGCCUUUUACCUCAAUAUGUACGCCAGCAUCCUGUUCAUGGGUUUCAUCGCCGCUAACAGGUAUCUGAAGAUCGUCCACCCUUUAGGAACUCACAUCCUGCAGACCGUAAGAGUCGCUCGCAUCGCCUCCACGGUAACCUGGGUCUUCCUUCUGGCCUCAUCGUGCAGCUACAUCAUCCUGUCCCUCCUCACCCAGGAGGAUCUCUCCUCUGUGCCGGUCACAGUCAGCUGCGACUUCCUGCACAGUCCACAGCUCAGCGUUUUCUACAAAGUCAUCCACACCUGCUCCGCCACCAUCUUCCUGCUUGUCCUCAUCUCCCUGGUCCUCUUCUACUACGGCACCUCCCGCAGGCUGUCGCAGGUCCAGCAGAGGCAGCCGGCGUCCUCCAGCUCCAACAAACUCGCCAAGUCACGCAGGAACAUGUUGGUGCUGGUCAUCGUGUUCUGCGUUUGCUUCGUCCCGUACCACCUGGUUCGACUCCCCUACGCCUUCCUGUCGAAGCAGUGCCGGUGGAGCCAGACCUUCUUCUACCUGAAGGAGCUGACCAUCAUGGUGUCGGUUCUCAACGUCUGCCUGGACCCGCUCAUCUACUUCAUCUUCUGCAAGGCCUUCAGGGCCCAGCUGAGCACGGGGAGGGCGGUCAACACGUCGCAGGUCAUGACGAACGCAGAAAGACUCGAGAUGAAAAGCAACGACGAGUGUUGAGGCAGAGCGGCGUCCUCGCACAACACUUGUGACUUGUGUUAUUAAAAAGCAACAAUCACAAAUAUACAGACAGGUUAGCAAGAGACGUCAUCAGUGACGUGCAGAAAGUUUCACAAAUUCAAAAAAAAAUGAUCAGAUGCUAUGAGGUGUUUUAUGUUUUGCUGAAGUGUCGACUGUGUGAAACAGAUUCAACUCUGAAAUGAGGUUUUAUCAUUUUAAGAAUGAAGACAACAUUCAGAAAGUCCUCAUUCAGUCGUCUGCACCUGAACACGCACAUCACAUGACCCCUCAGGGACACGUACAUGAAUACAUCCGCAUUCAAAUCUGAGAUAUUUUGGGUUCGUUUCUGGAAGAAGUGAAACUGUGGUGAAACACUGAAGCUCCUGAAACGCGUCGUCUGUCGUCAGCACCAAACCUCUUCAUGAUGUCACAUGACGUCCGCUUGUCAUUCUGUGGUGCAACCAGCAGGGGGCAGCAGUGUGUUGUCCAUCACCUCCGUCUUUUCACGUCAACAUUUUAACAACAUGAGGAGAACAUGUGAAUCAAAUCUCAUUCAGGAAAACACGACGUGAUCACUUUUCAUUAAAGGAGCGUCGACAGGACAGCAGGUCGUGUGACGCCCGAGGUCAUCCCCAGAGACCAGUGACAUCAUCAGUAACAGCAGAGAACAAGUGAAUCAGAUAAUCAGAUCGUGUUAUUUGAAACCAGUUCAUUGGAUGUAAUGGUUGAACUCACAAACCAUAGAAAACACAUCACACAGUAAAUAUCCUUCAGUAGAUAUAUUUAAAUAAGCAUUUCAGAGGUUUAAAAUGAUUUCUUUAGUUUUUACUGCACAUGAUGAAGCUGAUGUUCUCUCCUCGUGAUGAAGAUGAAGGCAAACAACUGGAACGUCACCGAGCUGAACACCUUUUACAAACAGUAUCUCUGCACUGGUUCCAUUCAAAGAACUGAUCCUGUAACAGCUGUAAAGAUGUAGUUUGAAUAUAAAUCUUCACUGUGACGGUU